CUUUCCUCACCUUCCAUAUGAAAGAUUUUGUUACUGAUACAUGGAUUGGAUUAAAUGAUAUAAAUCAUGAGAUGAAGUUCCUCUGGACAGAUGGAACAGGAGUUUACUUUACAAACUGGGCCAAAGGCUUCCCAUCAGGACAUACAGAUUUCUACUCAUAUGAUGGCCAGGCUGACUGUGUUGUCAUGAGAAACAAACCUGUUAAGGAAGCAGGGAAGUGGGCCGAUGAGAGUUGUGAUAACAGCAGAGGAUAUAUAUGCCAAAUUAAUGCAGAUGCCGAGUUUCUGCCUUCUACAAGUUCAUCCCCAUCCAGCGUUAUCCGUUAUGGUAACAGUAGUUAUGUGUUCGUCCAUACCAAAAUGAAAUGGGAGGAUGCACGAAAAAACUGCAAACGUGAUCAGUUUGACCUUUCCAGCAUCUUAGAUCCCUACAGUCAUUCAUUCCUGUGGCUAAAGUUAUUAAAGUAUGGGGUGCCCAUGUGGAUUGGUCUUAACAGUAAUGUGACUAAUGGGCGUUAUGAAUGGAUUGAUAACUGGAGAAUGAGGUAUACUAAAUGGGCUGAAGGGGAGCCCAAGCAGAAAAUAGGCUGUGUCUAUCUAGACAUUGCUGGAACCUGGAAGACAGGAUCCUGCAAUGAAAGUUACUUCUCUGUUUGCAAAAAACCUGAUGUUCAAGCUCCCACCGAGCCCCCUCAGCUUCCAGGGAAGUGCCCUGAAUCAGAAGGACACAAGUCUUGGAUCCCUUUCCGAGGUCAUUGCUACUACAUUGAAUCUUCAUCUUCAAGGAGCUGGGCCCAGGCAUCUUUAGAAUGUCUUCGACUAGGUGCCUCUUUGGUAUCAGUUGAAGACUCAGCUGAAGCUAACUUUCUGGCACACAGCAUUGAACCACUUGAAGGGAAAAUAUCAACUUUUUGGACAGGAAUGUACAGAAAUGUUGAUGGAGAAUGGCUGUGGCUAGACAACACUGCUGUGAAUUUUGUCAACUGGAAUGUAGGAGAACCUUCCCCUCAACAAAACGAGCACUGCGUUGAAAUGUACUCAAACUCGGGGUACUGGAAUAAUAUCUACUGCUCUUCCUACAAAGGCUAUAUUUGUAAAAAGCCAAAAAUAAUUGAAAUGCCACCAACAUCUGAAAUGCCAGCAGCUGAAAUGCCUACAAAGGCAAUGACAAAGGAUGAGAAGGCUCCUGCUCUGAACCACAGUAAAACAGGAAUUGUAGUUAUUGUUGUCAUCGUCAUCCUGGUUGGAAGUGGCCUUGCAGCCUAUUUCUUCUACAAAAGAAGAAAGAAUCGCUUGUCAACGAAUGACAGCUUUGAGAACAAUUUGUAUUUUAACAGUGAUGUGGCUCCUGGAACUAGUGACACAAAGGAACUUGUGACCAACAUAGAACGGAAUGAACAUGCGACACUGUAAUGUAAUAAAAUGAAAUAUAAUGUCAUAUGUAAUGUAAAAUGUAAUGUAAUAAAAUGUGCCUUGUUUUAAUAAAAUUAUGCAAUUAGGAUUAAGCCAAAGAUAUUUUCUCAUGUGC